AUGUCGGACCCUGAUAUGGUCAAAAAAGUUGAAAUGAAAAAGUUAGAAACUCAAUUGAAAGGAGCUUGUUAUGACUUGGACUAUACUGUGAAAGCCGUCAAAUCCAUUCACAACAGCAAAGAUACUUUUGCGUCUAUCAAAGCUUUAUUGAAAGAUGCUUUUUUCUACAAACAACAAAUUGAUUAUGACAAUAAUGUAAGAUAUCGAGUUGCCAAUAGAGGAAACAACCAGAAAAGGCCUGCAGUUCAACGUUUUUCUGGAUCAUUUGAUAUUCCUUCAUUUAUAUCAUCUCAUUUACCAUCUUCACCAUCGACUUCUAUGAUGUCUUCCCUGGCUCGAGCUGAUUCCAUUCCUCAACCAAACUCACAAUCAUUUAACAGCAAAUCACCGUAG